CCUUGUGCUUGUAUCCUAGGUCCUGACGGCUCCGCAUAUCCGUAUAGAGAGAUUCAGAAACUAGCUGGUAAAUUCAAGCGGGAGGGCAGACAAGCUAGAAAUAUUAAUUUAGGAGUCAAGGAUCCUCUAGAAACAAGACAGGAUCUGCUGAAAAUGUACAAACAGAGCAGAGAUGGACAAUCAAUCAACCUAGGAGUAGGACGAGUAAAGAGAUCUGAAGGUUUAAAUGAGACCCAGAGCUGUGUUAUUGGGGGAUCUCCUCCUAGAUUAUGCAAGUCUAGUUACAACACAACUGCACCUAUGUAUGGGGUGAGUUUAACGAGUGGUCAACCUGUCACAAUUGUGCAAAAGUUUCCUGAUCUUCUUCAACAAGUUAUCUACGAAACUUGCGAUACAACAGAGUGUGAUGUACUGCACGGAGAAUGUAUUCAGACUUAUGUACCUUACUUGUUCCUUGUUAUUCCUCUAGGACCAGUUACACUUACAGGACAGGAUUAUGUACUAGUUGAGAGUGGAUGUACAUGCAGACCAAAGUAUGCUACUCCUGGCACUGAUCCUAAUCCAAAAGAAGUUAUUCCUAGUUUUAAUUAAAUCAUUUUAUAAUUUGCUGUUUGUUUUGUUCUUUUAUAGUAUUUCUAAUUUAAAUCCUACUCACUGCUUCCAUGAUAGGAAAACUUUAUAAGUAUUUAGAAAUUUCAUUCUUUUUUAUAAGCGCAACAUUAUUUCUAAUUGUUCUUAUCCUUUAAUUUCAAUCAUAUAAGAUAAUAAAAUAUUUAGACAUUUUUAAAUUUUUGAUAAAUAUAUCAUACAUACAAUUAU